AUGGUCCACUCCACAACCGCCGCUUUCAACAAUAAGAAACGUCUCAUUGUUGAAGAAGACAUUUCACAAUUUGACAUUCAUUUCGAAGCCCUCUUUGAUUAUGGUCCCACUCUCGAAUGCUUUACACGCUAUCUCAAAGAGACCAUGAACACGGAGAGUAGUGAAUUCUUGGCGAGUGUCAAUGAAUUUCGUAAAAUGAAACACGAGAGAAAGCGCAUACAAUUGGCAUUGAAAAUGUAUGACAAGUUCAUUGCCGAUCAAGCGUCGAGUCAACCCAAUUUGAGAAGAGAUGUUCGAAUGAAAAUUCAUAACGUACUCUUUCCACAUCAGGCAGUUCCCUUACAUUCCUCUCAUUCUUCAUCCUUAGAUCAGUAUGCUGGAAUACAACAACAACAAUCAACCACACAACCCAUGGAGAAUGGUGUUCAUUCCUUGCAUUCCGUUGUGGUGUCAUCUUCUUCGUCGAGUCAAGAAAAAAGAUCGUCCAUGAACAACAGCAUCACCACCACCACGAACAACAAUAACAAUAACUCUUUCAAUAAUAGUCAUCAUGGAAUGGACACACCCACAACUUUGUCAAUCACGACAACAUCAAACAGCACCACCAUGAUGGAGACCAGUGAAAGUCCUCUUACCCCUCCACAAAAACUUCCCAUGAAAAAAGGUUCAUCAUGUGAUAGUAAUCAUACGAAUGACGAUCCAGCCGUAUGCACAACUAACAACAACUACCACCACAAUAAUAGACAUUCCAUCGAUUCCUCGAACAGCAGUGCGAGUUCCUAUACCAAUUCCUCCAGCGUUGGAGGAGGAUAUUCCAAUCAUUUGGAAUCAUCUCACAUGAGUAGCAGUGGCAUCAACACCACUUCCACUUGUCCUAAAUCAUUGUUUGAUGAAGUCGAAUCUCAAGUGUUGUUACAACUCAAAGAAAAUCAUUUUGUUGCCUUUUUGGAAUCAGAUUUCUUUAAACAGUUUUUAAAGAAACAACCCUUACAAGUAUUGUAUGAAAUUGGCACCUUGAAAUGUGACAGUGUCUUGCAGAUGGCAGAUGCCUUAAAUGAUACAUUGCGAGUCGAACAUGUCACCUUACAAGAUUUCAAAUUUGUGAAAAAUCAAUUUGUUUCCAACAAUCCCAACGAUUGGGAAUUAAUUGGUUCCAACUCUCAUUACAAGUGUUUCCUCUCCACCAAAACGUACGAUAUGGGAGAGUCCGAAGGAUUACACUUUUUCAAAUUUCACGUUACUUUCCCUUAUCAUGUCUCUCAGGUCAUGAGCACCAUGUUUGAAAUGGAAUACAGGAGAAAGAUUGAGACACAUCUCACACAUACCGAGAGAGUUGCUUAUCUGGAGAAGAAUUUCUCCUCGACGUUGAAUUCCUCCUCUACGAUGAGUGCUUUAUCAUGCUCGUCUUCAUGCUCGUCUUCUUCUCCUCAUCAUCAUCAUCGACAAGGUCCACCUUCCUCUUCCUCUUCUUUCUCGAGUGCUUCUGUUCUAAUGUCCUCAGUUCUGGUCUAUGAAAAGUACAAAUUGGUGUGGCCUCUCACCGAUCGAGAUUUUGUAACCUCUCAGAGUGGAGCCUAUGAUGCCACCACUUCCACCUAUUACCUCGUCAUGAAAGGUUUGACCGAAUGUCAACCGUCACGACUUGAGGUCGUUUUGGGGAAAAAGGAGGACAACAAGAAUGUGAUCCGAGGAUUAUCGUUUGGUGGAUGUGCCUUCCGAGAAGUUUCUCCCACCUCGACCGAGUACUCUCAAUUGUUCUAUAUGGAUUUGAAAGGUAGAAUUCCGAAACAAAUGAUUAAGGCCAUGAUCAAAGAUCGAGCCAAAGAGUUUACCAAAAUUGGAACGAAACUCUUGCAACACAAUGAAACCUUUGGAUUUAAGGUCCGAAAUGAUAAUAUGGUAUGGAAAACCUUUGAAGAGAAUGGUACUCUUCAUUUGUAA